GUUGUAUCUGUAUCUGGGCUGGCUCCGCUUGUAGUUUGAGGUGGCUCCGCACAGUUCGCAGUUAGCCGCGGAGCCAGUAAGACGUGUUUUCUCCUCCAGAAACAGUGCUCUUUCUUUUGAGUCUGCAACACGUUUUAAGUGCUUCCUCCUCCUCCAACAACAACAACAAUCGAUAAAAAAAAACACAACAACAACAACAGCAAGAGUAGAAGAAUUAAAAAAAUAUAUUUGGUGAUUUUUGGUGUGUUUUUAAAGAAGUUCUAACCGAAAAGCUUGAUGAAAAAUGCAAAAGAAUCUGGAAAACUAACUUGACUUGAGAGUGUUGUUCGAAAAACAAAAAACAAAAAUAACAAAAAACGAAAUCGACAAAAAACUAAACAAAAAAUGCGAAAGUUUCUAAUAUUUAAAAUCUUGCACAAAAAAUACAAAAUAAAUUAAAGUGAACUCUUAACAAUAAAAAAAAAAAUAAUUAAAAUAAAAAAGUAAGCGAAGAACAAUCAGAAGAAGAGCAAAGCGAAAACAAAAAGCAGGAAGAAGCUGCCGGAAGGAUAAAGGAUAAAGGACACAAGCGCACACACAGAUACACCACCCACACCCACACCCACGCCCUCACACACCAACACGAUGGCCGUGCCCUUUUUUUUGCCCGAGGGCGGCGCCGAUGACAUUGCCUCGAGUUCAUCGGGUGCCUCGGGCAACUCCUCCCCCCACAACCCGCACAGCCACCCCCCGCUCUCAGCGCACUCGACAUCGGGCGCAUCCACCUCCUCCUCCUCUUCGUCCUCCUCGUCCUCCUCGUCCUCGUCGGGAGUGUCCUCCGGCUCCUCCUCGUCAGGCUCAUCCUCGUCAGCUUCGUCGGACGGCGCCAGCAGCGUCGCCUCGCAGUCGCCCAACACCACCACCUCGGCCACGCAGACGCCGAUGCAGUCGCCCCUGCCCACCGACCAGGUGCUCUACGCCCUCUGCGAAUGGGUCAGAAUCUACCAGCAGAACCAGCAGAACGCCACCCAAAUCUUCCAGUAUCCACCACCGCCGAGUCCUUCUUGCAACUACACGGGUGGCGACAUAUUCUUCCCCCACUGCCCGCCGAACCACCACCCACCACGCACUCCCCGCACCAGCGUGAGCUUCUCGGCCGGCGAGGAGUACAACUUGUUCCGGCAGCCGCCCCACCACGCGCCAUAUCCGGCGCCAUCGACACCGCAACCGAUGCCACCGCAGCCGCCGCAGUCAGCGCCGGCGAUGCACUGCAGCCACAGCUACCCGCAGCAGUCGCCGCCCCACCUGAUGCAGCACCACUCGGCGCCCUAUGGGAUGGGCGGGUACUACGCCUCCUAUACGCCGCCACCCACGCCGAACACGGCCAGUGCCGGGACUUCGACCUCCGCGAUGGCGUUCGGCUGGCCCCAGAAUCCACAGUCCCACGGCCCCAUCCACAGUCCCGGGCUGGCGUCCACCCCCCUGUCGGCGCCACUGGCGCCCAAGAUGCGGCUCCAGCGCAGCCAGUCGGAUGCGGCCAGACGCAAGCGACUGACCUCGACGGGCGAGGAUGAGCGCGAGUACCAGAGCGAUUAUGAGACCAGUUGGGACGAGUUUGACGAUCGCUAUGACAAUUUUACGGCCGGACGAGAGCGUCUGCAGGAGUUCAAUGGACGCAUACCACCCCGGAAGAAGAAGGGCAGCAGUACCAGUACCAGUACCAGUACCAGCAAUAAUCCAAUCAGCCAAAAUGACAUCCAACGACUGGCCACAGGUGGGAGCAGCUCGGAGUGCAGCGAAAACAUCGCCAACAGCCAGAACCAUCAGCGGCAGGUGGAGAGAGAGCGCCAGAGGGCAAAGGCUGAGAAGAAGAAACCCCAGAGCUUCACUUGGCCAACUGUUGUCACCGUUUUCGUUCUGGCCAUGGGCUGUGGAUUUUUUGCGGCGCGAUGAAACCACCGCCGAUCUUUAGUGAAAUCAGCUACUUCUUAAGAUUUAUAACCGAGAUCUACAACCUAGAAUUAGGGCAACGAAUUUAAUUGAUCUGCAGAAAGUCAUUAAUUCGCAUACGAUAAAAAUAAACCGAUAGGGAUAUAAGAAGGUUGACGGGACACAAGAACAAUAUAUUCUAUCUGUAUCUGCAACUGUCUAUGUGGUAACUGCAUUUGUAUCUCUAGAACAAAAAAACUACUCCAAAACUUUCGUCAAACAUAAAAACAAUUCAAACUGCUCAAAGAAAACUCUUAGACUGGCAAGAGACUCAAAUCGAACUUAUUUUUUUGCGAAUGCAUAUUUUUGUACAACUUUUUGAACGCCACAAAAUAUUUACAAAUUACAUAAAAAAGUACAAAAAAAAAAAUAAUAAGAAAAAAAAAUAUAUAAAGCAAAAGAAAACUGCCAACUUUUGAGAUACUUUUGAUAAUCUUUGUUUUGCAUUUAAUCAUUUCCACUUGCAUUUUCUUAAAAAAGUAAAAGUAAAAGUAAAUCCACUUCUAGAAUAUAGAAUAUAGAACAGCAAUUUCAAUGUCUUCGCAUUUGUAAUUCCGAAUUGCAAGAAAACUGAAAAAAAUAUAUUUUAAAUAUGUUUAACUAGUAGAAUUUUUUAGAUCUAAGCCCACAAAAAAAAAAAAUAAAUCACACACUUAGCUUUAAUUGUUAAAAAACAAAAAAUAAGAAAACUUCAAAAAAAAAAAGGACAGGACAGGAUAAGAAGGAUAAUCAUUUAAUUUUGUAUAUAGUUUUUAUGCCAUUUUUGUGAUGUUUUGUGUCUACGGUUUAUGUCAUGUUAUUUUAGUUAAAUUUCUUAUGAUUUAUGUUUAAUUGUAAUUUUUUGUCAUUGUUUGUUCAUCAUCAUCUUCAAAUUGGUCUCACAAUCUAGUAGUUAAGCCCCCGCCCCAGGGAGCGAGUUCGAGCGAGGUUGAAAAUUCGCCCAGAAAUAGCGAUAGGGUUAUCCCAUUCUCAGACAGUCUUUUUUUGGAAUGCACACGAAUGAUCUCUCACAAUGGAAAUUAAUGGAAAUUGAUCUCCGCACAUAGCCAAAGUAAAAAAAGAAAUGAAAAGGAAACCCCCUCAUUUUCGUGGCGAUUUUCAAUAAUCACUUUCAGAGCUCCCCAGGGCGUUUCAAUGCUAAUCGAUUACCGUGACAUGAAAGCGAACAUAGCGAAAAUAGUAAGGAAAAUUAAUCAAAAAAGAAUAAAUAAGAAAGAUAGAAAAGAAAAAACAAUUCCCAAAAAUCGCAUUGAUCUCAUGGAUUUAUUUACAUUACAAAUAUUUCAACCGUUCUUUACACUGAAAAGACAAAUGUUAUGAAAAGCAGAAAGUGAAAAGUGAAAACAGAGAAACAGUAAACAAAAAUUAAUGAAAAGCUAAUCUUAAGUUCGCAAAGCGUUUUAGUUUAAGCUUUAGUUAUAGAUUAAAGUCGAUUUAGUUCGUUUUUUGAGCUGUCUCUGUAUGGCAGUCUCUCCUUAUUAUUAUUAUUUUUUUUUUUUGUAUAUAGAGCAAUAUUAUUUGAAUAUGAUAUAAGUGAGAUACCACUUAAGUACCCAUCAUCAAAU